AUGGACGAUUCCUAUGGCAUUGACAUGGAAGACUUUACGGCUUCCGAGCAGUUGAACUUUGAAAUGUUCACCGAGCUCGACCCGACGCCCAGCUUUACCCAGGCCUCUGAAAGCCACAACCACUUCUAUCAUGGCUCUGGCACCUCCCACGAUGACACAUGCAUUGAUCCCAAUGCCAGCUUCAUGUUCUCCUCUCGCUUGGACAAUGAUGCGCUCAUCUCCCAGCCGUCUGCUCCCCCUCCUCGGUCAGCCCCCUCAGCAGCAGCAGCAACAGCAGCCGCAGCAGCAGCCGCGUCUCGCCCUCGCCCUCGCCAGUCUUCCAUGCCCACGGAGACCAACUCGAACGCCAACAACGACUUUGACUUCCAUGGCUUCCAGUGGACCAAUGCAGCGGCUGCGAGCUUCAACACUCUGUCUGACCCCAACUACGACCUCCUCCCCAAUGCGACGGACGAGGCUGCUGCCUCGCCCAAGGACGCGUGUGCUGCCGAGUGCACCAAGCCCGACUGUGAAGAUAUCUGCGAGGACCCGGACUGCGAAGUCGACUCCGAGGCCUGCGCUGACGACUGCGCUGUCGACUGCGCUGUCGACUGCGAAAGCGCCUGCGACGACGAAGAAUGCCGAAAGGCCGAGUGUCCUGACCAGUGCGACGAGGAAGCCUGCAACCCCGUCACGCGUUGCACAGAGGAUCACUGUUCAGACAAAGAAGAAGCUGCACCUGAUGAUGCGUCUGCUGCUGCUGCCAAAAUCCUCGAAGAUUUGCAAAAUCCUCCCGUCGUCCGGCAACAGCGCCGUCAGCCGCAGCAUCCACAAUAUAUGCAACUGCAACAGCAACACCGGCAACAGCAACACCUGCAACUGCAACAGAUGCAACAGCAACAGAUGCGACAACAGAUGCAACAGCAGUUGCAACCACAACAGCAGGAACAGUACCUUUACACACAUGGCAUGAAUUUUGCCUCCCAGCAGACGCUUCAGUCCCCAGCUCUCCAAUCCUCGCAAAUUCCUUCUUCUCGCCCAGAAGAUGGGAUGACCUUUUCCCAGAUGGACUUGAGUUCCGUCUCUUUCGAGCAGGCCGCGCCACAGGUCGACAUGAUGGGCAGGUUUAUCGAUACUAUGCCUCUGAACCCGACCAUUGAUCCUUUCUUCGAGCAUAUAUACCAGUGUCACGACCCAAAUCAACCCCAGUGCGUCGAGCCAUGCGUGCUCAGCACCUUUCCCACGCAGUACGCACAAUGCCCGUUUCCCCAAUGGCCCCAAGACCAUCUGAAUCAGAAUGCGUUCUAUCAAGGAGACCACAGCCCGACCACGCAGAAUACCAAAUGCAACACCAAGUUCCGAACGGCUUCGCAGCUGGUCGCACACUUCAACGAACAACAUCGGCCAGCCCUGGCUGCCACAAACCACACGUUCGCUAUCCCACAAUACAACAUGCAUCACCCGAGCCCGGCUCCCGUGACCCAGACAAUCAAGGGCUUGACUUUUCGUCGGGGAACAGGCCACCUCAACGGCUCCCCUACAUUGAUGCAGCGACCGCUGUCUGCCAUGACAGCCUCGUCCACCCUGACAGGUGAUAGCGCCCAAAUCAGCACUCCAGUGACACCUGCAUCCGAAAGCUUCAGUCGCGCGGGCAACCAGUGUCGCUGGUUUACUCAUGGUCAGGUCUGCGGAUUGACAUUCAGGGAUGAAGCAGACCUUCAUCAGCAUGUCCGCGAUCAUCACACCGCACCCUUGAACAAGGAGUUCGGUGGAUUUCCCUGCCACUGGGAAAAUUGCAUCCGCGUAACGAAGUGCAACGCCGGCCACUUUAGUCAAAAGUCCAAGCUUGACCGCCAUCUACAGGUCCACACCGGCUGUAAGCACAACUCUGCCGUCCGCAUCAUGACCACCGUGACCACAUGGAUUAACUUGUUAUAUAGACAAACCUGUUAA